CUAUGUGCACCGUCAAAUUGAAAUUUCAAAACAUAGUCGCGAGAUGGUCUACUCAUGAUUCCUUGAUAUUCUUGAAUUCGUCUGCAAAAUACGCAUUUGACAGUGGAACUUUCGGCAGUGGACUGAUUCUUGGAGACAGUAGAUAUUUUCUAAACAAUAAUUUGGUUACUCCCUUUGUUAAUACCAGAACUCCAGCAGAACGCCUUUUCAAUGAGUCACACAUUAGAACAAGAAACGUCAUUGAACGCUGCUUUGGUGUAUGGAAACGACGAUUUCCAGUUUUGAGUAUUGGGAUGAGGUGCCAAAUUCCUUUGGUACAGGAUACAAUAGUUGCAACAGCUGUUAUACAUAAUAUUACAAUUGAUAUGAAAGAAGAUAAACCACCAGAAGACCCAGAAGUGAAUGUUUAUCUGGAUAGAAACUUUAGACCCACUUAUUGCAGACUAUGGAGAUGUCAGAAACUUACUGUUAGAAUACUUUGAAUCUUUAAUAACAAUGUAAAACAACGCUAGACAAUAGUUUUAUAUAGUUUAAUGUACACUACCGGCAAAAAAUUAUAAACAAUUUAUCUUUAAAAGUUUUGGCCAUUUAUUUAUUUUUUAUUAGUUUUAAUUUAUUUUUCUUUUACGAAGAUAUAGUAAUUGAUACAACAUAUACCUAUUUUCCGCCCAUUACUACUCAUUAAUUUUAAUAUUUUUUAAUUAUCUCGGUAAUUAAGGAACUGGAUGAUCUUGAAAAUUUUUCAUUUGAAUAUGGUGCAGCCCGCGAAGAAACGAUAGCACCUCAUCAUUUCGAUUAGUUUUAACUAUUUUUGUUUGUUUAAUGCUCAUUAUAUGAAAUGGUUGACACGAACUCGUAAAGAAAUUUCUAUACGAAAAAUAAAUAAAAUUCUGAAACAGUUCUGCAAGAAAUACUUCAAAUAGCAGCAUGAAAAUUCAUUGCUUUUUCGAUUUUCUCUCGAAAUUUCGUAAAAAAAUCGAAGUGUGCAUAGUUUAUUUAAUUUUAGAAAAUUCGUCAAAAAAACGGAUGAGGAUUUGAGUGGUGCACUGUGUUAUUUAUUAAACUAUAUCUCAUUAACUAACAAAAACCAUGUAAAUCCAAAUUUUAAACUUUAAAUUAAAUUAUGAAAAUUCUACGACUUUUUCUUCUCAACUUUAAGCAUGUUAAUCAGAAUUCCUAGAA